AUGGAUGAGUGUGGUGUUUGUGGGGUGUGGAGGGGUGUAGUGGGGAGUGGGGAUGUGUUGGUAGGUUGGGUGAGGAGAUGGGGGGGAUGGUGUGGUGAUGGGGGGGGGUGUUGGUGGUGGGAUGGGAUAGGGAGUUUGAGAGAGGGGAUGGGUGGUAGUUGGGGAUGGGUAUGGGUGUGGUGGGGGUGGGAUGUGGUGGGGGUGUGGGGGUGGAUGAGGGUUGUGAGUGGGGUGGGUUGUGGGGGAUGUUUUUGGUUUGUUGAGUGGUGGGGUUUUUGGUUUGGUUGGGAGUUGGGUGGUGGUUGGUGUGUUUGGGUGGUGGGUGGUGUGGGGGUUGUGUUGGGUGGGUGGUGGGUGGGGUGGGGUGGUGUGGGUGUGGGGUGUUGUGGGUGGGUGGGUGGUGGGGGUGUGUUGGGGUGGUGGGGGUUGGGUGGGUGGUGUGGGGGGUUGGGUGUGGGGGUGGUGGGUUGGGUGGUGUGGGGGUGGGUUGUGGUGUGGGGUGGUGGUGUGGUGGGGGGUGUGGGUUGGUGGGUGUGGUGGGGUUGGGGGGUGGGUGUGUGUGGGGGUGGGUGGGGUGGUGGGUGGGGGGGUUGUGGGUGUGGGGUGUUGGGUGGUGUGGUGGGGUGUGGGGUGGUUGGGGUGGUGGGGGUGGUGUGGGGGGUGGGGUGGUGGGGGGGGGUUGGGGUGGUUGUGUGGGGGUGUUGGGGGUGGUGGGUGGGGUGGGUGUGGGGUGGUGGGGGGUGUGGUUGGGUGGGUGUUGUGGUGGGGUGUGGGUGGGGGGGUGGUUGGGUGGUGGGUGGUGGGGGUGUUGUGGUGUGGUGGGUGGUGGGGUGGUUGGGUGGUUUGUGGUGUUGGGUUUUGUGUUGGUUUUGGGGGUGGGGGUGGUUGUUGUGGUGUUUUUUUGGGGGUUGGGUGGUGUGUGUGGGUUGUGUGGGUGUUUGUGGUUGGUGGGGUUUGUGGUGUUGGUGGGUUGGGGUGGGGUGUGGUGGGGGGUGGUGUGGGUGGUUUGGGUGUUGGGUGUUGGGUUGGGGGUGGUUUGGGUUGUGUGGGGUGUGUGGGUUGUGGUGGGGGGGUGUGGGGGGGUGUGGGGUGGGGUGUGGGGUGGGAUGUGUUGGGUGGGGGGUGUUGGGUGAUGUUUGGGAGUGGGGUGUUUGGUGUGUUAGUUGGGUGGGUUGUGUGGUGGUGGGUUGUGGUGAGGGGGUGGUGGGGGGUGGGGGAUGGUGGGGGUUUGUGGGGGUGGGGAUGGUGUGUGGGGUUUGGUGGGGUGUAGUUGUGUAUGGAGGGUGGGUUGUUGGGUGUGGGGUGUGGUGUUUGAGGGGGGGUUGGAGGGUAGGGUUGUGGUGGGGUUGGUGUUUGUGUGGUUGGAGGUGUGGGUAUAUGGUGGGGAUGUGGGUGGUUGGUUGUGGUAAUGGGUGGGGGUUGGGGUUGUUUGGUGAUUUAGGGGUGUGGGGUGUUGGGUGGGUGUGGUGGUGUGUGGUGUGUGGUUUUUGUGUUGGGUGUUUUGGUUGGGGGGGUUGUGGUUGUGGGGUGGUGUGUGGUUGGGGGUUGUUGGGUGGUGGGGUUGGGGGGGGGGGUGUGGUUGGUGGGGUUGGUUGGUGGUGUUGUGGUGGGGUUUUGUAUGUUGUAUGGUGGGUGGAUUGGGGGUUGUGGAUGUUGGAGUGUAUUGUUUGGGGGAGGUUGGGGGAUGGGUGGUGUAUGGGUUGUGGAGGGUUGGUGAGGAAUGGGAGGAUAAGUAUAUUUGUGUUUGUUGUGAGGGAAGAUAAGAGGGGUGGGGUUGAGAUGGUUGAGAGAAUUAUGGGGGUUGGGUGGGGGGGUGUGUGUUUGGUUGGUUAUUUUUGGGGUGUUGUGUGGGGUUUUUUGGGGUGGGGUGUGGGGUUUGUGUUGUAUGUUGGGGUGGGGGGGGGGGUUUGGUUGGGGUUGGGUGGGUGUUGUUGUUUUUGGGUGUGUUUUGGGGGGGUGGGGUGGUUGGGUGUUUGUUGGUUGGGGGGUGGGUGUUGGGGUGUGGUGGGGGGUGGUUUUGGGUUUUGGGGUAGUGGGGGUUGGUGGUGUGGGUGGUGUGUGGUGUGGGGGGUGGUUGGUUUGGUGUGUGUGGUUUGUUUUGUUUGGGUGGGGGUUGUUUGGUUGGGGUUGGUUUGGGUGGGGGGGUUGGGGGGUUGUUUGUUGGUUGGUUUGGUUGUGUUUUGGUGGGUGUUGGGUGGGGUUGUUGGGUGGAGUGUGGGGUGUUUUGUUGUUGGGGGGUUGGGGGGUUUUGGGGGGGUGUGUAUUGUUGUGGGUGUGAGUGUGUGGGGGGGUGGGGGGGGUGGGGGGGGUGGGAAGGGAGGGGGUGGGUGGGGUGGGGGGGGGGGGGGAGGGGUGGGGGGGGUGGGGGGUGGGGGGGGUAGAUGGUUGUUGGGGUUGAGAUGUGUGAUGGGUGGGGGGUGUGAUGUUGUAUUUUUGUGUGUUGAGUUGGUGGGGUGUUGGGAUGUGUUGUGGGGGUUAAUGGUUGUGGGGGGGUGGUGGUGGUUUGGUUGUGGGGGUAGUUGGUGUGUUUAUUUGGGGAGGGGGGGGAUUUGUGGAUGGGGGGGGGUUAAUUUGGUUGGGGGGGGGUGGUGGGGAGUUAGUAUGGUAUGGUGGGUAGGAGUAGAGGAUGAUGAGAUGUGGGGUGGGAAGGAGGGUGGAGAAGGUUGGGGGUGGUGUGUGGGGGGGAGGAAUAAGUUGGGGAGAGGGGUAUGUGUUAUGAUUGAGGAGGGAGGGUGGGGAUUUUGGGUGGGGGUGUGGGUUUUUGGGUUGGAUGGGGGUGUGUUGGUGGGGUUGGUAGGGGGGGGUGUGGUUGGUGGGAGUGGUGUUGGGGGUGGGGGGUGUGAUGGGUGGGGGGAUGUUUUGGGAUGGAGAGGAGAUUUGGGGGUUGGGGGGGUGAGGUGGGAGAUGGUGGGGGGUGGGGGGGUGAAGGGGAAGUGGGAGGGGGUGGGUUUUGGUGGUUUGGUGAUGGUGGUAGAGUUGUGGUGUUGUGGGGGGAUUAUGUUGUGGUAUGUGGGAUUGGGGGGGGGGGGUGUGAGGGUGGGUUUUGGUUGUGGGGGGGGUGGGUGUUGGGGUAUGGUAGGUUGGUGGGGUUUGUGUGGUGUGGGUGUGGGGGGGGUGAGAGUUGUGUGGGGUGGGUUGUGUAAGGUUGUGAGUAUGAUGGGGUGGUGUGUUGGGGGGAUGUGUGAUGUGUUGUGUGGUAUGUUUGGGGUGUGGUUGGAGAAGAAUAGAAAUGAGGAUGAAUUGGGAGAUGUGGGGUGGGUGGUUUGGGUGUGGGGGUUUAGAAGAGUUUAG